UGUUGUACAAACUAAAAAUAUACAUCUUGUUCAUUGCACAUGGACUUUUGAGCUUCUCUUCUUCACAUGGCUCAUCUCUUCCCAUUCUCUAUGCACCAACACCAUUGAUUAAACUUAAACUCUUUGUUUAUUCAUUUGACUCAUGAACCACUUUACAGAUCUGCACACAAACAAAAGCUCCACACCAUACAUAUGCAUUGCAAGAUCAGAUUGCACCCAUUUGUUUUCUUCUCUCACCUGUGAUCCAAAUGCCAACAAUCAACAAGGAUUUUUGAGCUUUCUUGAUUCAAUAGUGUUCAUGUUCAUCUUUAAGCACAGAAAGUGAGCUGAGGAUUUGCACAGCUUGCUAGUAGAUUAAAUUGACCAAAUCAAUUGAUAAAUAUCAUUCACAUACCUAAAUAUCGGUAUAUGAUCAUCCAACUAUUCUGAACUCGAGUUCAAAAUGGAAGACGACAAUGCGGAAGACAUGGAGGUCGAGAUACUGCCUUCAAUGUGGCCCGAAGACAUCGAUGCAGCUGGAAAAAAGUUCAAUGUGGAAAAACCAGGAGUUGAUCAAGAUUUAUUAGAAGAUUUUAAUUUCAAUGAAGAACCAAGUAUAGUUGACUUCAAACGCCUACUUGAGCUCACAAAUUAUAGCGAAAAAGGGUCGUCUCAGUUAUCGUACCUUGUAAAAAACUGGGAAUGGAAGCAAGAAAAUGCUGUGAGACUUUUGAGAGAAGAACUUGAGAAUUUGAGGAAACAACAAGAUAAAUUUGAGCUAAAAAAAUUGGAGAUUUUGGAAGAACAUCGGUUUGAAGAUGAUAACUAUGGAGGUGAUAAACGUCCGGUUUCUAUACUUGAUGAAGUUUAUGAUAUCUUUCAAGAUGUUCCCAAGAGAAGAAGUGAUGUUAUAGUUCAAGAUGAAAGAUUAGAGAUAGACGAUGAAUGUGAUACAACUACGGUUAAGUAUUGGAAACAACGCGCUUUGCAUUUGGAGAAAUUAUUGAAUGUAAGUGUUCAACGGGAGCAAAUACUUUUGGAAAAACUAGAGGAAAGUAUUGAAAACCUCGAGAAGCAAUCGUCACCGGUUGAAGAACUUUCACAGGUCUUGAAAAGAGCUGAUAAUUUCUUGCAUUUUGUUCUUCAAAAUGCUCCCGUUGUCAUUGGCCAUCAAGAUAAAGAGUUGAGAUAUCGGUUCAUUUAUAAUCAUUUUCCAAGUUUGAGAGAGGAGGAUAUUAUCGGGAAAACAGACGUUGAGAUCUUCAAGGGUGGCGGUGUUAAGGAAUCCCAAGAUUUCAAAAGAGAAGUUCUUGAAAAAGGGUUACCAGGAAAGCGGGAAAUUACAUUUGAAACCGAACUAUUCGGGGCCAAAACUUUCUUGAUAUAUGUCGAGCCUGUUUUCAGUAAAGUAGGCGAAACGAUUGGUGUGAAUUAUAUGGGAAUGGAAAUAACAGACCAAGUGGCAAGAAGAGAAAAGAUGGCAAAGCUUCGAGAGGAAAUAGCCGUGCAAAAGGCCCGGGAGACCGAGCUUAACAAAACUAUUCAUAUAACAGAGGAAACGAUGAGAGCAAAACAAAUGUUAGCAACCAUGUCACACGAGAUAAGAUCUCCUUUAUCCGGAAUCAUUAGCAUGGCGGAAAUUUUAUCGACUACAAAGCUUGAUAAAGAUCAGAAACAACUUUUGAGUGUCAUGUUAUCUUCGGGUGAUUUAGUCCUACAACUUAUUAAUGACAUCCUCGACUUUUCUAAAGUAGAAUCAGGUGUUAUGAAGCUUGAAGCUACAAAGUUUAGACCGCGAGAAGUGAUCAAGCAUGUACUCCAAACCGCUGCAGCGUCACUCAAAAAGAUGCUUAUCUUGGAAGGACAUGUGGCAGAUGAUGUCCCCAUUGAGAUUAUCGGUGAUGUUCUUCGAAUUCGACAAAUCCUCACCAACUUGAUCAGCAAUGCUGUAAAAUUUACCCAUGAUGGGAAGAUUAAGAUAAAUCUUAACGUGAUAGCGGACCCAUAUCCCAAAGCUCAGAUAACAUAUGAGGAGAAUGAACUACAGUCGCAAGAAACCGUGGUCUGGAUACGAUGUGAUGUUCAAGAUACCGGUAUUGGAAUCCCAGAAACUGCAUUACCGUCGCUGUUUAAGAAAUACAUGCAAGCUGGUGCUGAUACAGCUCGAAAAUAUGGCGGGACUGGAUUAGGUUUAGCCAUAUGCAAACAACUGGUUGAGCUCAUGGGUGGACGGCUAACGGUUUCUAGCAAAGUAAAUCAUGGAUCUACGUUCACUUUCAUUCUACCCCACAAAGUUCCACAAGCGUGUGACAGUUCAGAUGAAACCGAUGACUACAAAGAUAAAGAUGAUAAUGGUUCAAUGGAAGAAGAUGAUCUAAAGUGCGGGUUUUUCCAGUUCAAGACACGGACUUUAGGUUCUCUUUUUUCUUCUAACGGAUCUGGCCCGACACACGAGUUAACAAGAAGUGAAUCUGACAAAAUAGACAGAAUCAGUGUUCUAGAGAAUAACAACACUAACCACAUGAGCGUAGAUCAAGACCGUCCAUUUCACGAUCCUUGUAUCCAGAAAAACCGUCCCUCGAAUUCAAACAAGCUUAUGAAGAUGGAUUCUGGUACGACUACAAGCAAAUCAUCGGCAAGAUAUAAAAUCCUUCUUGUUGAAGAUACUGUUGUGAAUGUGAUGGUUGCAAAGCGGAUGAUGAGACAGUUGAAUCAAGAUAUGGAUGUUGUGAAUAACGGGGUUGAAGCUUUGCGUGCGGUUCAACGUUGUGAUUAUUCGCUCAUUCUUAUGGAUGUAUGCAUGCCUGUAAUGGACGGUCUUCAAGCUACUCGCUUGAUCCGGUCCUAUGAGAAAAACGGCAACUGGGAUGAAGCACGAUUAGCCGGAGUUGACAUUCCCGAUCAAAUAUCGAAGGAGCAGCCCAGAAAGAGAAUUCCCAUUAUUGCUAUGACUGCCAAUGCAAUGUCGGAAAGUGCGGACGAAUGCUUCGCCAACGGUAUGGAUUCGUUCAUAACAAAGCCGGUUACGCUUCAGAAGUUAAAACAAUGUCUUGAACAGUAUUUGCCUUCAUACGGCGCCUUGUGAAUAUACAUGUGGAGUUUGUAUAGCGAGUGUAUACGAGUUGCUUAGGGAAUUCUUUUUUAUUGUUUUUCCCUAUUUGGGGGUUACGGUUUUGUCCUUAAAGUUCCGGUUUUAGAGUGGUUGUAUGGACAAAUAUCGAGUUAGACCUAGACAAAAGAAAGUUACCAUGUGG